AUGAAUUCCAUCCCAGGAAAUGCCUCGCAAGAACCCACCAGCAACGAUACAUCGACGACGGGUGUUCAGCAGAACCAAGCGCAGCGGGAAGACUACCUCGACAAGGGUCUCGACGCCGCGGAAAAGAAGUUCGGAGGCGCCGCGGGUCAGGAUACUGAGAAGAAUCGGGGCGUUAACGAGAAGAUUACCGAUGGCGCUCGUAACAUGUUCGAAAAAGCAACCGGCAAGGACGUCCCCGACAAGUUCUCCAACUAA